GUUCCUGUGCUACCUAACUAAGGCAUUUACAAUGCAGGCACCAAGAAAGUCGAAAAAUUUCAUGUUCAUAUAUAUCUAUCAUUGAUAUAUGAACAUGAAAUUUUUCGAUUUUAGAAAACUAUGAUAUUAUAUCAUAGUUUUUAUAUAUUAUUUCAUUCUUUUACUUGAUAAAAAUUGAAAUAUGAUGUUAAAAUAAAAUUGUGACAUUAAUGAAUAGAGAAUUUUGGUAUGGUUUUAUCUGCACACUUUUUGCUGCUUGAUGGGUGGCAGCAGCCACCGCCUGCGCCUGACUCCCAGUGUCUCACCUCUCACCUUACUUCUUCAGCGCCUAAUUCACCAUUUUCACCGGGUCCACAACAAUAAAAACACAAAAACCAGCCGAGUUCAAAACACUGCGUUCUGUUCUGACCCUAAAAUUAAAAAUCUCAACUAAGUUCGAAUAUGCAAGGAUGGAAGUCGGGGAACCAAUAACUAUACAUUUUUCCAGUUUGUCCAGUUUGCUUGAUGCUGUGGACAACAAACCAUGGAUCACUUACCCGCUCGUUUGCGUCAUUUGUGGUGACCGUGGAACAGGUCGUCACUACGGGGCGAUAAGUUGUGAAGGAUGCAAAGGAUUUUUCAAGCGUUCGAUCCGUAAACAAUUACAAUAUUCAUGUUGUAAGGAUGGACAAUGCGAGGUGACAAAACCUCGCCAAUGCCAGUAUUGUCGAUUACAAAAAUGCCUUAAAAUGGGGAUGCUACCUCCAGCAGUUCAACUUGAGCGAAAUCCUUUGUCGAAGAGUCAAAUUCAAAAUUUGUCACCCAAUACGGAAGCUGAUUUUUCUCCAUCGUUCUUUAGAACCCUCGCUGGUGAGAGUUGCACAUCAGGUUAUCUUCUAUCCAACAUUGGUUCUCAAGAUGAUCAAGAAUUUAAUGACGUGGAUGAAAGCGAUUCGGUAGAUACAGAACUGGUGGCUACAGCGAUGGAAAUGAUGUCUAAUAUUUUAACUAAGAUUGAAGAAGAAAAGAUCUUGUCCAUUAUUCAUCUUGACCUGCAAGACGUUACUCCGGAAGAAUGGGUCAAAUUUGAGCUAGUGGACGCUUCGAAACUUCCCAAGAAUGAUUUCAUCACUCUGGAUUAUGUCUGCGAAACGUCGUCCCGACUAAUUCUCCUAUCGGUUCUUUGGGCGAGAACCCUUCCAGCAUUUCAAGCCUUGAAUCCUGAAGAACAGAUUUAUAUCAUGAAAUCUGCAUGGAGUGACCUAUUUGUUGUUGGUCUUUCUCAGUAUCCCAACAUUCUUCCACUAACUAGCGUUGUUAACGCCUUGUUCCCAUGCACACAGUCAAGCUGCAUUUCUUCCAAGUUAACUAUGAUAAUGGGAUAUGCAUCAAAACUACAAGUGUUCAUAGAAACUGUUCAAAAUCUCAACUUGGAUGCAUUUGAAUAUUCUGCUCUCAAAACUUUAGCCAUCUUUAGUGACGAUCGAUAUCCUCAACAGAAUGGAAUUAAUGAGAUCAGAAAGUUAGCCCUAAAACAGUUGCAAGUUCAUGUCGUGGCGAUGUCGGUUGGGAAUCCGGUCAACAAGGUCAACUCGAUUCUGCGCCUUCUCCCGCAUUUAAGACGGAUUGCCCCGGCUGGAAUUGAACAGAUAUUUUUUAGCAAGAUAUUGGGAAACGGAACAACAACUCUGGAACAUUUAAUUCCUUCAAUGAUGACGAUGAAAUCUGAUUUAUCCCUUCCAGGUGAGGAGCAGAAAGCAAAGUUUAAGAAAUUCAAAAAAAAUUUCAUCGACUAAUAACUGUGUAAUCUACGAGUUAACGCAACAUUAUGUUCAUGACAAACUAUUUUUUGAACCCUGUUAGAAUAUUGACAU